UGUCAAACAAGAAUGGAAAAGCAUAACAAGGAUGAUAUUGAUAUAUCAACAUAUUAUAAGAAAACUUAUUGCAAUGAAACUAUAAAUAACAUAUUCAAGGAUCCAGAACCAGUAUCUUUAAAAAAAGGUGACUCUUUUGAUGAUUUUGAAGAAGCUGAAUCUUAUAUAUAA